AAAGCAACCCGUGCGGCAAUCAUGGGUAGAAAGCCUUGCUGCGACAAAGCCCACACCAACCGAGGUGCUUGGACCAAAGAAGAAGACGACCGCCUCAUCGAAUACAUCCGUAUGAAUGGCCAUGGAUCCUGGCGAUCUCUUCCCAAAGCCGCUGGAUUGCUCCGAUGCGGCAAGAGUUGUCGGCUUCGGUGGAUAAACUACCUCCGGCCUGAUGUCAAGCGCGGAAACUUCACCAUAGAUGAAGACGAACUCAUCAUCAAACUUCACAAAUUGCUAGGAAACAAGUGGUCGCUGAUCGCGGGGCGAUUGCCCGGAAGAACAGACAACGAGAUCAAGAACCACUGGAACACUCACAUCAGACGGAGGCUCCUCAGGGGCGGAAUCGAUCCAAAGACUCAUCAGCCAACCAAACCAACCACCACCGAAGAAGGCAAUUGCAGCAGCGCUUUGACAGCCGCCACAACCGACGGCGCUGAGAAGCCACCACAGCCGCCACCAGAGCAGCAACCAAAUCAAUUCCCGGACGGAGAGGAAGAGCACGUCAACCUCGAGCUCACCCUCGCGCUUUUUCCGACUCCAUCGGAGUCUACUGCGGAAUCGAAGCUGCGGCGGACUACUGCGCCAGAUGGUCCCGAUGAGGAUGCAGGUGCUUGCGUGGGUUGCUGCCAGCUGAGCAAUGAAGAUUCCCAUCAAUGCCAAAAAUGCUAUAAUCAAGACUUUAAUUUGACUUUGUAAAAGGAAAUUUGAUGCUGAGAUGAUAAGAUAUGUAGUAAGGAUUCAGAGUGUUUGGUGGGUGGGAAAUUUUCCAUAGAGGAAUAAAGUAUUUGAAUCCGGUAUUUUAAUAAAUUUGACCCCUGACUUGGAGACUUUUUGUGA